UAAGCGAUAUUUAACAAUUGAAUACCAAUCAGUUAUUCUGAUCAGUCCAUUUAAGAAGCAGACUAGCUUUGAUAAAGAGUGAGAUUUUAAAGGUUUUCGAAUUGGAAAAAAGUUGUGAGCAAAAAGUAUCGUACUGACAAAAAGUAAACCGGUUCUAUUGGGGGAAAAUUACAAUGAUGGUAGUGCUAGGUAUCGUUAUUUCCAUGCUUCUGUUACCGGGACAGUCUUUUGGCGGUACGUCGACUGACUACGACAACCUUUACAACACCAUCUUGACAGGAUACAACAAAGAUGGCAGACCAGUACUGGACCAGGGCACUGCCAUAAAUGUCACGAUAUCCUUCACCCUGAUCGCCAUUGCCAACUUGGACGAAGUUACGAGCGAGAUGAUCACUGUCGGAAGCUUCGGCAUCACUUGGAAAGACGAAAAACUCCGCUGGACUCCAUCCUCGUACGGGAACACUUUAACGCUUAAUAUUGAUGAAUCCGUGGUGUGGAAACCUUCAAUGACUUUCCUUAACCCUAUGUCAACCAAUGUGGGCCUUCUCGGCAUGAAGCAGUCUAGAAUUAAAUAUUUCGAAGAUGGGUCCGCCUCUUGGAUCAUUGCUGAUCGGUAUCAAACAACCUGUGAUUUUGACACCAGAUAUUUUCCUUUCGAUGAGCAAACAUGUGACAUGAGAGUCAUGGCUUGGGAUUACUCUACAGAGGAAGUUUCAAUGUAUCCAGAAAAAACUACUGUCGACCUAAAAUAUUACAGUGAAAACGGAGCUUGGGAGCUGGUGUCCACUGAGACCAGAACUGAGACUCUUUCGACCUUUUCUGUUGUCGUGUUUAGUCUGAACUUGAAGAGGCGGGCUAUGUUUUUCGUUACCAAUCUUCUGAUCCCCGUGUUUACGAUUUUAAUGUUGAACACUUUGGUAUUCAUUUUGCCAUCAGACAGCGGUGAGCGCGUGGGCUACUCCAUCACGUGUCUCCUAGCUUUGGCGGUUUUUCUUACUCUUGUGUCAGAAGGUCUUCCGCAAGUUUCUAAACCUAUGCCGGUGAUGGGGUACGUGUUGACCGUGUAUUUACUUAUCUCUGCGUUCAUAUGUGUGGAGACGAUAUUUAUCUUGCGUUUGCACCAUAAAGACGAGAACGAAGAAGUUUCUCCAUUUUUCACAAAAAUAUACAAUAUUCUUACUUGUUCGACCUGUAAGAAAAGGUCUGGAGCUGUCGAAACAUCCUCGUCGCUCAUUGACUUAGAUAAAGUGAAGGAAUUUAAUGACGAAAAGAAACCAGAGCCAUUGCCACUCACAUGGAAGAAACUUUCAUCCCGUCUGGACAAGAUAUGUUUCAUUAGCAACUUGUCUGUUGUAAUCUUUGUUGCUGUUAUAUUUUUUCUGCUUGUGACUGUGAAGUUAUGACGAACGUUCCAGUGAGAGGGCGCUGCAUGUGUAACUGUGACAAAAGGGCGUCACUAUGUUUCCAUGCCAACCGAAAGGCCUACAACAGUACAAACAAAGGAAUACUGGGGAAACUCAUUUCAAAGUUAUUAGAAGGCUUCUCCAUAAAAACAGAUUCCAAUUCAAGCGGAAUGAUUGAAAUGAAAAUAAAAAAUGGAAAUGAUACAUAAUGAUAGCAAGGAAAUGAUUUUAUGAAUUAAAAAAACUUAAAAUUUCAUACAA